UUUUCCCCGUGUGAUGUUACCCAUGACAGAGGCAAAACAAAACGGGGACGGCUGCCUAUAUUCAUCAUAAACGUCGUCCACAAAAUAUAUUAUUAUAUUAUAAUAUAGCUGCUAGUUUGCUGCUGAUAAAUUCGUUCAACAACGGGAUGUAGCCAAUAAAAUGGAGUAUGAUGAGAGACUUGCACUUUUUCGCCAAACCCGCCUCAAUCCAUUUGAUCGUGGAGAGGAAGAGGAUGGUCCCCAAGGACACAAAACACCCCCGCAACAUGAAGCAAGACCUGAGGUUUUUCCUGGGACCAGAACACACAGUUCAGAUCGAACCAUGGACCUCGGUCUAGCUGAGGAUCACUUCUCAAGGCCUGUGGGUUCUUUUGUGGCAUCAGACAUUGAACAGCUUAAACUGGCAAUAGAAGAAUGUAAGAAGCUGAUCUUGGAGCUGCCAGAGCAUUCAGAGAGACAAAAAGACAAUGUAGUGAAACUUAUCCACCUGCGCCUCAAGCUGCAAGAACUUAAGGAUCCAGAGGAAGAUGAGCCUAAUCUGAGAGUCCUACUGGAACACCGCUUCUCCAAGGAAAAGAGCAAGAGUGUGAAACAGACCUGUGAUAAGUGUAGCACUAUUAUCUGGGGCCUUAUCCAGACUUGGUAUACCUGCACAGGAUGCUAUUAUCGUUGCCAUAGUAAGUGUAUGAAUCUGAUCACUAAACCCUGUGUCAGGUCAAAGGUCAGCCACCAGUCUGAGUACGAGCUCAGUAUUUGUCCUGAAAUAGGACUAGACCGGCAAGAUUACCGCUGUGCAGAAUGUCGUGCACAAAUUUCACUAAGGGGCGUACCUAGUGAAGCCAGACAGUGUGACUACACUGGCCAGUAUUACUGCAGCACAUGUCAUUGGAAUGACACAGCCGUCAUUCCAGCUCGUGUCAUCCACAACUGGGAGUUUGAAUCAAGGAAGGUUUGUCGCUCCUCAAUGCGCUACCUGGCCCUGAUGAUGUCACGCCCCGUGCUAAGGCUGAAAGAAAUAAACCCGCUGCUAUUCAACUUUGUGGAGGAACUGGUUGAAAUCAGGAAACUUCGUCAAGAUAUUCUGUUAAUGAAACCCUAUUUUAUCACCUGCAAGGAGGCAAUGGAAGCUCGGCUGCUACUACAGCUACAAGAUCGCCAACACUUUGUCGAGAACGACGACAUGUACUCACUACAGGAUUUGAUUGACAUUUCCACUGGCAGACUGAGCUGUUCCCUCACAGAGAUCCACACCACAUUUGCUAAGCACAUCAAACUCGACUGCGAGCGCUGUCAGGCCAAAGGAUUUGUGUGUGAGCUUUGUAAGGAGGGAGACAUCCUGUUCCCCUUUGACAGUCACACCUCAGUGUGCCAUGACUGCUCUGCUGUCUUUCACAGAGAUUGUUACUUUGACAAUUCCACAACUUGUCCACGAUGUGCACGAAUGACUGAGCGUAAGCAGGACGAAGAGGAGCUGGAUGUGAAAGAAAGCUAACUCUGGAAAGGACCCUGGGAUUUAAGUGGAUGCUGCACUUUGCUUCGUUAUGGAAAAAAUCUGAUCUAAGUUUAAAAAAAAAAAAACCCACAAUCUUUCUUUAUUUUGUUUUAUGAUUAUGCUCUGACUUUUGUUUUUCCUGUGCACUGCAUUAUGAGGCAGGGUAUUUAAAAUUCAUCUGGAAAUUAAUAUAUUUUUAUCAAACCUUUGCAUUCCUACAGAACUUAGAUGUACAAACCACUGCGUGUAUGUUUAAUGUUGGUGUGUGUUUCUAAAUUUACAAGUAAAUGCUCUGUAGAGAAAAUCCACUUGAUCAGUAGGUGGUUAUGCAUGCAGAAAUUGUAUAUUUACUGUUACAAGCCUCAACUACUUUAAUCCAAACUGCCAAUAAUGCUGAACUUUAAAGUUGCCAUAUAUCAGAAUUUUAAAGUUUAGAAGCCCAGCGUCCAAUAAGAAAAUCGCCAAAAAUAUGCCUUUCAGCAUCCAGUUCCUGUGCUGCCAUGUUCAAGUUUCAGUUUAUUAGGUUCAGAUGGGUGAUGUUGCACAAAAAAAGCUAUGUGUUGACAUAGUUUAAAAUGGGAUUAAAUCUGUUAGACUGUGUGAUCAGUUGGUCACUGCCACUUACCCAUCUCCCCUUUUUGGACAUAUUUUCUAUAAGUUCAAUUGCUGUUUAUUUAGAACCAAUAUAUUGAUCUGUUGAUAUUUCAUAAAGUCUUCAAUUAUGUAGAUUUUCAGGCCUUAACUGUUUAUUUUCAGCUCUUUUCCUAUUUGCACCGUACCAAAUGGUAUAGGUAAACAAAAAAAUUAAUGUGUAUACAUACAAUCACUGAAAACAUAACUUCAAAUAUGUGUACUGUAUUGGCAACAGAUAUAUAUAAUGAAAGCAUGCAUUAGCAGUACGGUACUUUUCCUUGUAACGAAAAUUGUUAAACUGUAAGACACAAAGACUAUGAGAGUUGUUUUAUGUGCUUUCAUUUUUUUAAAUUCAAAACUGUGAACUAAUGCUGUGCAGUUUAAUAUGUGUUUAAUCAGUGCUGUUUUCAUGCAGUGUAGCAAAUGUCUGUUGAUGCUCAUGAAAAUUGUGUGCCUAAGACUGUCAGGUUACUUAACAGCUGUUAUCCAAACCUUUUCAUACCAUCAUGGUAGUUGUGUCAGUCUAAAUUCCCUUAAUUAAGUCUCUGUAUGUUAAGUGGCAAACCUUGGUUAAUGUGUAAAUGCUGACCUUUAUGUAUUUGUUUUAAAAUAAUGAGUUUUGGCUGUGUUAUCUUUCAGCAUGAUGUAUUGUAUAUAUAUUUUUUUCAAACUAAUGGACUUACAUGGUGUUGGUAAACACCAUGGCUUGUUAAACAUGUGAGUAGUGCAUGAAUAAAGUAAUGAAAUGCAUUUAA